CACCUUGGAAUAUUACAAUUUGGAAUGUGGGGGAGGGAUUCACAGAAUUCAAAAUUCUUAAUCAGUAUGUAGCAAGACAGACAAUGAGCAAGGAGUAGGCAGGACAGCGAAAAACUGAAAACACUCAAGCUGGCAGCUGUUCAGACCACGCAGUGCCUGAAAGCUCACUUGGAGAUAGUUUGCAGCAAUUAUGGACCCCCCAAGUCAAGGCAGGUCCAGGGGUCGUGCCAGGGGCAGAACCUUCCCCUCAGAGCAACAUGCGUCUUCAACACCAGUGCCGGGAGCUGCACCAGAGCAGCUACCUCUGGUAUCGACUCAUGGGCCAGGGCGAGGCCGUGGAAGAGGUCCAAUCUUUCCUCAAGCUGGACCAAGCACCAGUGCACCUCAGGAAGUAAAAUAUCAGCCUAAAAUGGUAUUUACCACCAAAUGCAUUGAAAACAAGAAAGGCACAAGUGGCACACCCCUUGAUCUAUAUUCCAACUUCUUUGAAGUGAGCAAGUUGCCAAACUACUCAUUCUACCAGUAUUGUGCCACCUUUGAGCCAGAGGUGGACAGAUUGGGCGAACGGAGGGCACUGCUCAGGAUGCAUAGUGACACAUUGAAAGGCUUCUUGUUUGAUGGCACUUCUUUAUUCACCAACAUCCAAUACCAAUCUGAUCCGUUGGUUCUGUUCGCGCAAAACAGCAACAAGGAAAAUGUUCAAAUUUUAUUGAAACGAACGGCGCAACUUGACAACACAUCUAGCAAUUACAACCAGCUGCUCAACAUCAUCGCCAACAAGUGUCUGCAAUUAAUGGGCCUCACGCGUUUGGGGAGAAACUACUACGACCCUCAAGCUAGGGUGCUGAUCCAUGAAUUUGGCCUGGAGCUGUGGCCUGGAUACAUCACUUCUAUCAGACAGCAUGAGUCAGAAGUGCUCAUGUGCUCUGCCAUCACCUAUAAGGUGUUGCGCCGUGAUACAGUUUUCCAAGCAAUGGAGAACGCUUUCCGGCAACAUGGCCCCAACUAUAUGCAGCCCUUGAAGCAGACUAUCCUGGGAGUCGUAGUCAUGACUCACUACAACAACAGAACUUAUAGAAUUGAUGACAUCGACUUUGACGCCAACCCAAUGACCCAGUUCUCUCUCAAGGAUGGUAGCAAAUCCACUUUUGUGGAAUACUACAAAAAGAGAUACAAUAUCACUAUCACUAACUUGCAACAACCAUUGCUGGUAACAAAAGUGAGAGGAACUGCUCCUGGAACCACAGAGACCAUCUACUUGGUGCCAGAGCUAUGCAGGCUGACUGGCCUCACAGAUGAAAUGAGAGGCAAUUAUCAGCUCAUGGCAAGCCUUGCUAAAUUCACCAGAGUUGAACCACAGAAGAGAAUUGACUCCCUGCUGAACUUUGGCCGCAGGCUGAUGGAGAAACGCGAAAUUGGAAAUGAACUGUCAAAGUGGAACAUGUCCUUCAGUCCUCAGCUUAUCAGGAUGCAGGGUCGAGAACUGCCAAUGGAAACAAUCAUCCAGGGGGAUGCAUCCAAUCCCAGGAGAUACGAAGCUGGCAGAAACGUGGAUUGGACAGCUAAGCUGAGAAGCAACCCGCUUCUAGUGGGUGUUAAAAUGGAGCGUUGGAUCGCAAUUGUCCCGAGACCCAUUCAGCAGGAGAGCAUGUCUUUCAUCAGCCUCAUCCUGCAGGCUGCUAGAGGAAUGUUCAUGGGGAUGAGCGAACCACUAGUUCAUUACAUCAACGACGACAGUGUCAGCACUUACUUGAAUGAAAUUGAGAAUGUCCUCAGCCGCGCUGUGCCAGAUAUUUUGCUAUGCAUGGUCUCAACCAACAGGGCCGACAGGUAUGCAGCAAUCAAGAAGAAGUGCUGUAUUGAUCGAGCAGUUCCUACUCAAGUGGUGACAAAACGGUCAAUGUCAAACAGAUCUGCUAUGUCUAUUGCAACCAAAAUCUCCAUCCAAAUGAACUGCAAAGUGGGAGGCGCACCCUGGAGCUGCCAUAACCCAUUGAAGGGUGUAAUGGUGUGCGGCUUUGAUGCCACCCAUGACUCCAUCAAUAAGAGCCGCUCUUAUGGCGCCUUUGUUGCAUCCCUCAAUGAUGAGUUCUCCAAGUACUUCUCUAUGCCGUUCGCCCAUUCUAAAGGCUGCGACAUCAGCAACAACAUGGGAACAGCUUUUGAGACAGCCCUCGCCAAAUUUAGAAAGUACAACGACGGCUGUCUGCCUAGCAGGAUUUUUAUGUACAGAGAUGGAGUCGGUGAUGGACAAAUUGACUAUGUGCUCAACAUUGAGGUUGAGCAGAUCAAGGCAACAUUGGAGAAGCACUAUCGUGGCACCAAUUACAAGUUUGCUUUUGUAAUUGUUUCUAAGCGAAUCAACACAAAAUUCUUCACCAGUGGGAAGCAGAACCCACCUCCUGGAACUGUAGUUGACGACCGAGUUACCUGGCCUGAGAGAUAUGAUUUCUUCUUGGUGAGUCAAUCAGUGCGGCAGGGAACAGUGUCCCCCACCUCUUACAACGUAAUCUUUGACACCACUGGCCUUGAUCCUGACAAGAUGCAAAGGUUCACUUACAAGUUGACUCACCUUUACUACAAUUGGAGUGGCACCAUCAAGGUUCCAGCGCCUGUCCAGUAUGCCCACAAGCUUAGUGAACUAAUCGGCCAACAUCUCCACAAUGAACCACAGAGGGAUUUGGAUGAGCGCCUCUAUUACCUCUAAACUAAUUGGCAGAGGUGCCACUUAUUUUUGAUCAAGCAACAUGUACAAUGAAUCUUACAUGUCAUGUUCAUAUAAACACAUUUUACUUUCAAAAUUGAACUACGCUGACCAAGCUUAAUAUUACUGGUAGAACAAAGAUAUGUCCAAUUUAAUAGUUCUCUUUUAAAACAUAAUGUAAACCAUUGUGUUGAAAUAAAUAGAUGGUAACCAUCCAACA